AUGAAUCUUUUGUUAGCAGGAUUAUUCGGAAUGACAGUUGCGAUUCCGGCAUCAUUUACCGACCAGUUUGAUGAUUAUUUCGAAGAUGAAGAAGAGGACCUAAAGAAUCCAGGAACGAUGUCAGCUGGAAGAGUAACUGGAAGUGGAGUUGUCAAUAGUGCGUUUGUCGAUGCAAUGGCGGAGUUUUUACUUGAUGAACCAGAACUUGCCAAACAGACUUUUGAGGAACCCCUGGAUUAUAGUUUCGACUACGAUGACGAAGACGCAUUCGCAAAAUGGAUGGCACGACAAGGUUGA